AUGCCAAAAUAUUCUAAGUUCCUUAAGGAAAUCUUUAGUGGCAAAAGAGAGUGUAAUGAGGUGGACUCGGUAAAGGUUGGGGAGUAUUGUAGUGCUCUUAUCCACAUUGACUUACCCAAGAAGAUGAAAGAUCCGGGCAAUUUUUCAAUACCUUGCAACAUUAAUGGAAAAGUGUUUCAAAAUGCUCUUUAUGAACUUGGUGCUAGUGUUAGCAUAAUGCCAUAUUCUGUCUUCAAAAAGCUUAAGCUAGGUGAGCUCCUCCCAACCAACAUAACCCUACAAUUGGUCGACCAUUCUAUUAAGUUCCCCAAGGGUAAAAUUGAGGAUGUCCCCCUCAAGAUAGGAGAGUUCACUAUCCCCGUUGACUUCAUUGUGCUAGAGAUUGCGGAAGAUGACAACAUUCCUAUCAUUCUAGGGAGACCAUUAUUAGCAACUUCGGGCGCCUUGGUAGAUGUGAAAGGUGGCAUUAUUACCUCGUGUGUUAGUAAUGAUUCGGCUAGUUUCAAGCUUAAACCCAUGCAUGAAUCCCUUUCUUUUGUGCAAGGAAUUAUGUGCAUUAAUUCGCUUCAUUUGAAUGAUAUUUCUUGCAUUCUUUCGUUGUCUACUAAUGAUGUCAUUGAAGGUUGUGACAGUACUUCUAUAAGCAUUGAUAGCAAAUUGGUUAGUGAUGGAAAGAAAGAGAUCUCAUGGGUUGAGGAUGUGAUUGAGAUGCCGAAUUGGUUUGAACUUGCUUUGAAUGAUGAUGUGAGUAGUGGCAUUGACGAUGAUAUGUCUCAUGAUGUGGUUUUGCCCAAGCUUGGAAAUGACUUUUCCCUCUCCACCACUUUGGACAAUGUGGUCUUCUUUGAUCCUCCAUGA